AUGGAGCGAAAUAGCAGCAUCCCAACACGUUGCACACCAUGGGUGUACGAUGACAUUACAGCUUGCAACCGUGUGUGGAUUGUAGGAUACUACGUUCCAUUGGUACUAGUAGUAGGAGCUGUGGCAUUUACAGGCUAUAAAAUUAUCAGACACUCGCGAAGAGUUCAGGAAAAGCCAAAUUAUGCAAGUGAACUAGCGGUGGAUGGCAAUGACGAGCAUAAACCUUUGUUAGCAGAUCACAAUGGGGCCGCCUAUCAGGCCCGUGAUGGGGAUGAAGACAAUGAAACGCCUACUACAAAAGUCACCCUCAAGGAAGAUCAUUUUUCCAUUGAAAAGAUAAAGCUCACAGAUGCUCAGGGCAAGCCUCAUGGCGUCGUACAAGUUGUAAGACGUGGGUUCAUUGAGAAAACGCGAGUGGUUUUCGAGUUUCUAGCAUGUUUGGCUCAGCUUGCGAUCCACGCGUUUGUAUGGGCGCGUUUCGCUGGUGACUCCAGCGAAUUUCCCCUAGGUGCAAUCGUUGCACGUACAGUUCUAUGGGCUUGGUUGGUUGUGGUGGUCGUCCUUCGUCUUGCCAACAUCAACCAGCAGGUCAAUUGGAUCUGUAAGUACCCUGGGAAUCUAUGGACCGUGUCGUUCGUGUCCUAUAUGGUUCUUUUUGGUGCGCAGGUCCUUCCACUAAGAUCCUAUCUGAUAGGACAUAUCGAUGGCCGUGUCGCACAACAAUACACACUUUCGCAAUUCUACUUAAACUUGACUUUGUUCCUGUUGUUGUUUACCGCUAAAAUCGGAAACAGUUACGCAUACAUUUACCGCACCGACGCAGGCAUCACUCCAUCUGUCGAACCAGUCACAUCCAUAUUCGGGUUUAUCACAUGGUCUUGGCUCGAUGGCUUUAUCUGGGAAGCAAACAAGCAGUCUAUCAAGGUCAAAGACAUUUGGGGUCUCAUGCUUGAAGAUUACUCUCUUUUCGUGCUCAAGAAAUAUAAGAACUCCAUCAAAAACAAAGACAGAAACCUUUCGCACAACCUGUUUUGGUUUUUUGUCAAAUACCUCGGGCUUCAAGGUUUCUGGGCUUGCUUCGAUAGUGUUCUAAGUUUUGUUCCCACAUUACUACUCAAGCGGAUCCUUGAAUACGUCGAUGACCAGUCUACUGCGCCUAAAAAUUUGGCGUGGUUCUACGUGUGCGCAAUGUUUUUCUCCAGGAUUGCAGUUGCAAUAUGUCAAUCCCAAGCUCUUUUCUUUGGCAGAAGGGUUUGUAUUAGAAUGAAGGCUAUCAUAAUCUCAGAGAUUUAUAGCAAAGCGCUAAGGAGAAAAGUAUCCCCUAAUGUUUCGAAACCCACCACAGAUGAAGUCGACCCACAAACUUUGAAUUCUAAAGAGAAUGUAGAUGCUGAUGAAGAAUCCGGUACUGCAAACCUAGGUGCUAUCAUCAAUCUAAUGUCUGUGGAUGCCUUCAAAGUCUCUGAAAUAUGUGCUUAUCUACAUGCCUUCGUGGAAGCAUCUAUCAUGACCGUCGUAGCAUUGAUUCUUCUUUAUAAUCUACUCGGAUGGUCGGCUUUGGUCGGUGCUGCAUUAAUUGUGGCGUUACUUCCAAUAAGUUUCAAGCUCACUACGUUGUUAGGCAAGUACCAAAAAGAAUCUCUGGCUGUUACAGACAAGAGAAUACAAAAGUUAAAUGAAACUUUCCAAGCUAUUCGCAUUAUCAAAUUCUUCUCGUGGGAAGAGAAUUUUGAGAAAGAAGUUCAGGAUAUCAGAGAGCAGGAACUAAAAUUGAUUAUGAAGCGUUCUAUCGUGUGGGCGCUUGCCAGUUUUGUUUGGUUCAUUACCCCGGGUCUAGUGACGUCUGCGACUUUUGGUGUCUACAUAUAUGUGCAGGGCCGAGUCUUGACUACCCCCAUCGCCUUCACGGCUCUUUCCCUAUUCGUACUGUUGAAAAACCCACUUGAUCAGUUAUCCGACAUGUUGAGCUUUGUCAUCCAGUCUAAGGUGUCUCUAGAUAGAGUCCAAGACUUUUUGGAGGAGGAAGAAACCGAAAAAUACGAACAAAUCACUGUUGGUACCAACAAAAUAGGUUUCGAAAAUGCUACCUUUUCUUGGGAUAUGAAAAAUGCUGAUUUCAGACUCAAAAAUCUGAACCUCGACUUCAAAGUUGGUAAAUUGAAUGUUGUUCUUGGUCCCACCGGGUCUGGUAAGACGUCUCUGCUUAUGGGUCUACUAGGUGAGAUGGAUUUGAUAGAUGGAAAAGUAUACACUCCUUGCUUGGACGCCAGAGAAGAUCUAAUUGUGGAAAACGAUGGUAUGACGAACUCUGUGGCCUACUGUUCUCAAGCUGCGUGGCUGUUAAAUGACACUGUUAGAAACAAUAUUCUAUUCAGCAGUCCAUAUAAUGAGGCUAGGUACAAUGCAGUGGUAGAAGCCUGUGGGCUAAAACGCGAUUUUGAGAUUUUAAAUGCUGGUGACCAAACUGAAAUUGGAGAAAAGGGCAUCACACUCUCAGGUGGCCAAAAGCAAAGAAUUUCUUUGGCACGGGCUUUGUACUCGUCAUCCAGACAUCUCUUGUUAGAUGAUUGUCUCAGCGCUGUUGAUUCUCAUACUGCUCUAUGGAUCUAUGAGAACUGUAUUUCGGGACCUUUGAUGCAAGGCAGAACCUGCAUACUCGUUUCUCACAAUGUAGCAUUGACUUUGAAAAAUGCUGACUGGGUAGUGUACAUGGAAAAUGGUAAAAUAAAGGAUCAAGGCGAACCCCUUGAACUUUUCAACAAGGGUUUGUUGGGGCAGGACGAACUUGUCAAGACUAGCAUUCUCUCUCGUGGGGCGUCAUCGACAAGUCUAAGUCGCAAGGCAGCCAAAAGCGGUGUUGAUUUGAGCAAACUGAGCAGCAAGAUCGAGGAGGAAAGUACCUUGCCCAAAAAGGACCUACCAACUGAAGAGGACAAAAUCAAAUUGGGGAAACUCAUCGAGGAGGAGACCAAAUCCGAAGGUGUCGUUAGUCUGGAUGUCUACAAGUGGUAUGCAAAGUUAUUUGGUGGUUGGAAAAUGGUCUCAUUUUUGGCUUUUGUGUUUUUGAUGUCGCAAGGUGUUCACAUCUCUGAGUCCUUAUGGGUUCGUAACUGGGCGUCUCACAACACUUACGACGCGAUCAAGAGAAGUGCGGUCAAGGCUUUUUCCUCAAAACUUGUUAGCUCAUUCCUCCCAUUAGGAGCACAAGAAAUGUACUUCCAAGUGGAUCCCGUGUCGAUUUCGCCUUCAGUGGCAUCUACACCUGACGUCAUUUCCAACUCAGAGACCACCGUACACUCAACCGCCUACUAUCUUUCGAUUUACUUCCUCAUUGGUGUAGCUGUUGCAGUCAUUUCCGCUUCUAAGACCAUCAUAAACUUCAUAGCAGGUCUCAAUGCGUCAAGGAAAAUAUUCAAUCUCGUUUUAAAGAAAGUGUUAUACGCAAAAUUGAGAUUUUUCGACUCCACACCCAUUGGUAGAAUCAUGAACCGCUUUUCGAGAGACUUGGAAGCUGUUGACCAAGAUUUAACACCUUACGUGGAAGGUGCAUUUGUCUCCUUGAUCCAAUGUUUGUCAACCGUUUUACUAAUUGCUUACAUUACUCCUGGAUUUCUCUUUGUUGCAAUAUUCGUUGGUUUGAUGUACUACUUUGUUGCCUACUUCUACAUGGUCGGAUCUAGAGAAUUGAAAAGGUUUGAAUCAAUGAGUCGCUCGCCAAUACAUCAACACUUUUCUGAAACUUUGGUAGGUAUCACGACAAUCCGUGCUUUUGGAGACGAGCGUCGUUUCAUGGAAGCCAAUUUGUCAAAGAUAGACGAAAACAAUAAGCCUUUCUUUUACUUGUGGGUUGCCAACCGUUGGUUAGCGUUUAGAAUAGACUUGAUUGGUGCAAUUGUUAUUUUUGCUGCAGGUGUGUUUGUUUUGUUGAACAUCUCGAAAUUGGAUUCCGGUUUGGCGGGUAUUUCGUUGACAUAUGCGAUUUACUUCACUGAGGGCGCUUUGUGGCUUGUUCGACUCUAUUCCAAUGUGGAAAUGAACAUGAAUUCUGUCGAGCGUUUGAAAGAGUAUAUGGACAUUGAACAAGAACCUCACUUUCAGAGUACACAUAACCCACCACCCGAAUGGCCAAGUCAAGGUAAAAUUGAGGUCAAUGACCUAUCGUUACGCUACGCGCCUAAUUUACCCAAGGUUAUCAAGAAUGUUUCUUUCACUAUUGAACCUAACGCCAAA